GAAGGCGCGCAGUCAAUCUGAUUGGUCAUAAAUCAAUUAUUGUUGUCAGAGCUUGAUUAAUUAUAACCAAUGAACAUUGAUCAAGUCCUCUAUGUGCAGCAGCAAAGUUAACUGGCAGAAAAAAAUAUUUAAUGGAGAUAGCGGAGAGUAGCUUUAGUCAGUGGCUUCAGGCAAGCGGAAGGAAAUGCUUUUAAUACCAAUAACGUCUCAGGACUGGAGUCGAUGGGAAUUAACUGCCAAAGUUUUCCGGCUACACACGUGACUGAGCCAAAAACGAAUGGCGAUGGGGAACGCCUGUGAUUAAAGAUUAAAAAAAACUGCCCUGACAGUCACGCAGCAAUUUUGCAAUUGGCUCAGCGUGACGGGAAGUGAAUUGGAUUUAUUUGAGAUUUCGGGAGUUUGCGAUUGUGUCUAGAUGUACAACUGGAACGUGGACGUGAAUUUACCCUACUGCGUGCCGGUGGAACACAAUGACAACGAUGACAGCCAUGAUUGGAGGCCAUUUCUGUGCAAUCUUCAUGCUGAUAGCGGGAAUAGACCUCGUUUUGAGCGACGUGCACGAGUAUCGUUUGGUACGAGAUUUGCUUAAGAAUUACGAGAAGCGGAUUAUGCCAUCACAGAAUAGUUCCAAACCCUUAAAUGUGAAGUUCGGUGUGGCACUGGCCCAAAUAAUAGAUGUGGACGAGAAGAACCAAAUUAUAACCACGAAUUGUUGGCUGAAUUUGGGAUGGCUUGAUUACAUGCUGAAGUGGGAUCCGAAGAAAUACAACAACAUCGACGUAGUCAGGAUACCCUACUACGACGUAUGGAAACCCGAUAUAUUACUGUACAAUAAUGCAGACGUUGGGUCAUCUUUAUCGUCGGUCAGUACAAAUGUCAUCGUCACACCGGAUGGCAAUGUCACGUGGUUGUCCAUGUGGAUAUUUAAGAGUUCUUGUUCGAUGGAUGUGCGAUAUUUCCCUUUUGACGUCCAGAAUUGCAGUAUGGAGUUCGCUUCUUGGACAUUUGACAAUAUGAAACUUAAAAUGGUGAAAAUGGGUGAGAACGGGGAUCUAACAAAUUAUAUACCUAGUUCAGAGUGGGAGCUGAUAACAUUUAGUUACAACCUGCACCCAGUGAACUUCUCGUGCUGCCCCGUUCCGUAUGACUUUAUGAAGUACUAUAUCGUGCUGAAGAGACGGCCAUUGUUUUACCUGUUUAACAUGGUAAUGCCGUGUAUACUCAUCACGCUGGUGGCUCUCCUGGGCUUCUACAUGCCCUCGGACUCGGGGGAGAAAAUAUCUAUGGGGAUUACCACGCUGCUGUCCAUGACAGUCUUCUUGAUGAUCGUGGCCGAACGACUGCCUCCUGUGUCAGACGUGGUACCCCUCAUAGGUUUGUAUUACGGCAUUACCAUCGCCAUCGUAUCCUUCGCCACCGCCAUGAAUGUUUUCACGCUGAACAUCCAUCACAAGGGUUCCCGAGGGUUUGAAGUUCCCAUGUUACUCAAGAAAGUUUGUUUUGGCGUCUUUGCGCGGAUACUGUUUAUCAAAUUGGACCUGCCGGAGCCGCCGCCAGAGCCAGGAAUGGAAAAGGUCCCACAAGGAGAAUACUACAAGUUCGACAAAUUUGAAACAGAGGUUCCUUCUGAAAACGGUGGUGUGUCCCCACGAUUCACCAGACGUUUGAAUGUAGCAAACAGCGAAUAUUGUGAACGUCAGUUUGUGCGGGUGUUGCAAAAAGUGAAUUGGACAAUUGAACGGAACGAAAUGCGUUUAGCGGACCAAGAUCGAAAAGAUUUCAUAAAACUUGAGUGGCAGCAGGUGGCGCUGGUGAUAGAUCGGACAUUACUGGUCUGUUUCCUUAUCCUCCUGUUCGCUGUGACGCUUUCAAUCUUGGUCCCUCCUGACGACAACCUCGGGGAUAUUAAAGGUCACUGAGUGCAUACACUAUGACAAUGCAUAGAUAAAUAUAUAAUUUUCCAAUAUGAAUUUAUUUCCAUCAAAUUUAUUCUUUGAUUAAAUAUAGAAUGUAUAACUUUUUUCUAAAUAAGAAAAAUAUUAUGUCGAAUGUUGAAAAUUACACGUGAUUGCGUGCUAUCCGGGAUGCUGAUUCCUCAUGAUGUCAGUACAUGUAUCGGCCUAGUCCACUAGCAUAGAAGUGCAGUAACAUAAGAAUGAAUAUUCAUGAGGAGAACAUUAAGGUCACUGGCGCCGUACUCUCUCUACCAAAAGGCACGCGCUGUCACCUUUCCAUCCAGUAUAUAUGAACAUGAUGGAACCGUGUUUUACUUAUUCUAUACAUGAGAAUCAUAUGUCAUUUUCGGAAAUGUUUUGAAACCUUCUAUAACCGUCUUGGUAAAAUAGUAAAUUAGAUUAUCUAUGAGCCAAUGCUUCACAUAUUGUAGUUAUAUAGAUGUUUGUAUAAACUGGUAAAAUACUGUAUAAUAUCCGAUGUCAUCACGAUUUAGUCACUUUAAUUAUAGCGAUACCAUCAAUAUCACUGGUACUAUACUGACGUCUAUGCGAAUACCAAACAACGCCGUUCCUGAUUGAUGAACAUCACAUCACAUUUGUCAGUAUUUGCUAUACAAUGAUAUAUGAGAAGAACAGCAUUCACACACCAACACAAUUGUUCUGCAAACGGUUUCUGUCCUAUCAACAGCGAUCCAGGUGUUCUGCAAACGGUUUCUGUCCUGUCAACAGCGACCCAUGUGUUCUCCAAACGGUUUCUGUCCUGUCAACAGCGACCCAUGUGUUCUCCAAACGGUUUCUGUCCUGUCAACAGCGACCCAUGUGUUCUCCAAACGGUUUCUGUCCUGUCAACAGCGACCCAUGUGUUCUCCAAACGGUUUCUGUCCUGUCUUAACAGUGACUAAGAUGUUCUCCAAACGGUUUCUGUCCUGUCUUAACAGUGACUAAGAUGUUCUCCAAACGGGUUAUGUCGUGUUAUAACAGUCCUACCGGACAGUUCCCAUCAUAAUAUUAAUCUUGAAACUUUCUAUGCCAACUAAAUAAGGAUUUGAGCUUGAGUCCGAGUUUGAGAAGGAUGCUGAAGACGGUUUUAUUGAAAAGUCACAUGACGUGACCAACAAUUUUAACACAGCUUGUCCAUUCAAGUAUGUAUUAUUAAUCUUGAAACUUUCUAUGCCAACUAAAUAAGGAUUUGAGCUUGAGUCCGAGUUUGAGAAGGAUGCUGAAGACGGUUUUAUUGAAAAGUCACAUGACGUGACCAACAAUUUUAACACAGCUUGUCCAUUCAAGUAUGUAUUAUUAAGAAUUUCCAUUUGAUAUGAAAUUGAACAACAAUCACUCUUUCAUGGUUGUACAUGUAAAUGAGUUUUUUUUAUACUUAUGCUUGAGUUAACUUACUCAGAAUAUCCCAGAAAUACGACCUAUUUUCUCCAUAAGAUAAAGACAGAUUAAGAUACCAAAAUAUAAAAUCAUAAUGUAGUCUGUUAGAUACCAAUGCGAGUACACUCUAAGUAACUAAAGCAAAAACAAAAGUUUGUGUUGGCUAUAACUGUAAAUGGUUACCUGUCGGCCGUAAAGUUGUUCUACAAACAUAGAUCGUUGAUAAUGCAUCGCGAUUUUUCUAUAGGGUAGAUAGCUCUAAUGAAAUUUAAACAUAGAAGUACUCAUUUAUCUAUUUGUAAAGUGUUUGUGAUUCCAUGAGUUGUUCAGUCUCAUGUCAUCUGGUAUACGUGGAAUGGAUUUUACAAAAAGGUUAAUAAGUUUGGGGUGAGGUCGGUGCUGCAGUAACGAAAUACAUACAUGUUUACGUAUCUGUCGGGGAGUUUGGCUCUUCAACGCCGACAUCAAUUAAGUGUUUAUAUGCUGUACAAAAUGUCGCUUUAUGUAGCUUCUUAUUAUCUUUUGUUUAUUUUUCCGUGUAUAUUGCCUGUUUAAAAUGAGUUUCCCGGCGCGACAAAACACGGGGAUGUUAAUGUUCGGUAAUGGCCCUGAAUGUAUAGACCGUAUGGAAAGACUAUAGAGUCGGCGUCAACAGUAAACACUUUACAAUCAACACAAAUCCAAACAAAGCCAGUGGAGCGGAACUAAUGUGGUUACCAGAACAACAUGUUUGUGUUAUCUCUUACAAGUAGUGUGUGUACGGAAAGGCGCGUGUAAAACGUGUUAAUGGUGGAAAACAAAGAAGAUUCGGGAUUAUUACGUCCGAAUCCGGUAUAUCGUCUAGGAAAUAAAACCUAGAUGUCAUCCUUGAAAAUUAUAUCAGAAUCUUUAUUGAUCUGGACCCGAACGUUCACAAAAAGAUAGGAAAAUAUAUGAUGACAAAAAUGCUAAGACAUCGUUGUUAAUUAGGUUUUUGUCUACUAAAAUGUAUGUAGACAUACUCAUCUAUGAUUGAGAUCAACUUGAAGACAAUUGGUAAACUUAUAAUGAUAAGAUCUAUGGAGUUGGUACAGACUGGUGUCAUAAAUUGGCAAUUCAGAUAUUCAUUGUAUUUCAAAUGUUAAUAUUUACAAUAUACGGAGUUUAAAUAAACUACAUGUCGUACCAAUAUGUUUGAAAUGAAUUUUGUUGCAUACACAAUUACUAUACUGAUACAAGUUUAUCUAUACAUAAACAACCAUAAGUUUGUUUUAGAGCAGAAUGUCAGAAGUUAAGUUGAAUAAAACUUAAAAUAUCACACUAUAUUCUUAUUUGGAAUCUAAUAAUGUUUUAUUACAGUUGCGUAGGAAUGCAGGAAGCAAAUUCCUUACACAAAAUACCGCCAUUGUUUAUAAAACAAUCCGGAAACAAAUUCCAUUAUCACUGCUAUGUUAAAUGAUUUGCCAUCAGCCUACAAUUCAAACUAAAUAAGUCAUGAUAUAUAUCCCGACGAAAUGCUAUCGUAGUCUGCUUAUAUAUUUGGCCUCUGUGCUAUGUAAUUUUCUGUUUCAUUAUAAACGACCAUUUUAAGACUUAUUAUUUUUAGAUUUAGGUUAGAUUUUUAUACCAGGGUGCCAUUGUAUGCAUUUGUUGUGACAAGCAGUGUCUACGUGUGUGCUGUAGCAGCUUAAAAAAUACAGUUUUGUAGCCAUUGUUUAACAGGGAAGAAGUAACAUGUGCUUAGCUACAGGAUGUAACAAAACUCCCAUUUAUCAUUUCUGGUGAAAUAAUAUACAUAAAUGUUCAUUGUACACUAUUGACUGUUGUUAAGAUCAGGUGAUAUUCAUUGCAAUACUAAUGUAAAUAUUACUGAUAGGCUGGGCCAAUGGACAGGCGUGUUACAAUGCACUGAUGUCAUAGGAUAGAGCUCCAAUGGACAGGCGUGUUACAAUGCACUGAUGUCAUAGGAUAUAGCUCCAAUGGACAAGCGUGUUACAAUGCACUGAUGUCAUAGGAUAUAGCUCCAAUGGACAGGCGUGUUACAAUGCACUGAUGUCAUAGGAUAUAGCUCCAAUGGACAAGCGUGUUACAAUGCACUGAUGUCAUAGGAUAUAGCUCCAAUGGACAGGCGUGUUACAAUGCACUGAUGUCAUAGGAUAUAGCUCCAAUGGACAAGCGUGUUACAAUGCACUGAUGUCAUAGGAUGGAGCUCCAAUGGACAGGCGUGUUACAAUGCACUGAUGUCAUAGGAUAUAGCUCCAAUGGACAAGCGUGUUACAAUGCACUGAUGUCAUAGGAUAUAGCUCCAAUGGACAGGCGUGUUACAAUGCACUGAUGUCAUAGGAUAGAGCUCCAAUGGACAGGCGUGUUACAAUGCACUGAUGUCAUAGGAUAUAGCUCCAAUGGACAGGCGUGUUACAAUGCACUGAUGUCAUAGGAUAGAGCUCCAAUGGACGAGCGUGUUACAAUGCACUGAUGUCAUAGGAUAGAGCUCCAAUGGACGAGCGUGUUACAAUACACUGAUGUCAUAGGAUAGAGCUCCAAUGGACAAGCGUAUCACUGUUGCGAUGGUACAAAGCAUCACUGGACAAAAAUUUACUGUUGUGACACCUAUAAUACUUCAGGCAACAACACGCCGUUACACAUGAUUGCGUCAAGAUCAAAUAUGUUUAUUGAAAUCGUGUUAUUAGUGUAUUGUUAUUGUUCUGAUGAACACAACAAAACCAAUUCAAUAAUUGGUCAAUUCACUGUAUAAAGCUAUAAGAGUGUUAUAUUGAAACAAUGUUUACUAUUUUGUCACCUAUAAGGUGUGGUAAUAAAGCAUGCAAUAAAAGCAAAUAUACGUAAUUAAUGUUUCAAGCUCUGAAUGAUAUACUCAAAAUUAGUUACGAGUAGUUUGAUUGGCAUAGAGCAAAAAUUUGAACCAAACGGAUUACUUGUUACUGAUUUAAGUUGACGGAAGUGGGAUGACAUGUUCCUUGCCCGACAUUCAAUACUUGAGACGUAUAUUAUAAGAUAUUUGCAUUAAACUAAUUUAAUUGAGUAAUUAAAGGCCACGUUUAACUACAAUGCACAUGGAAGUAUAUAACAUGCAUACUACGCACUCUGUAAUCAAAUUACGCAAGACAUCUGUACAGGUAGACAAAUUAUGAAGUUAUAAAGAAUAAAAGUGAAUUGACCUUUAUUUUUAUAUAAUUAAAAACCAUAUCACUAUACUUAAUAUCAUAACAUUGUGUGUUGUCGUAGUUCACAUGGUGAAGAAACAUGUUUUUGUUUGGGCUUGUUUUAAUAGAACAGAGAAUUAUACCGGAGAGAUGCCAUACAUACUUGGAAACUAAAUAAGUUGAAUAAGUGUGAUUAUGACUUCCAUAACACUAUCGUAUAGAAGUACAUUGUAUUACACUACCAACGACUAAGAAAUGUAUAUCAUUGUAUAAUAUAACUGUACACUAUAUAUAACAUGUUUCACAACUCGUUUCAUUCUUUACAGGUGUAUAACUGGUACUAUUUAUGAUACCUGUGUCGCCAUUGUAAACACAACAUAUUAUAUUACUUACAUAUAUAUCAAAUAAUGCUACAAUGUCAUUUUUUCGUUAAAAUACAUGAAACAAACAGGUACAACUGCACUUCCGGCUGUUUUUACUACCGGUUAAUUAUAUGACCGGUUGUUAUUACUGCCGGUCGUCCAUCCUUCUGGUUGUGUAUAAUACCUUUUUCAGUACUAUCGGUUGUUAAUAAUACUGGUUGUUUGUACUUUCGGUUAUAUUACUAAAACUUCCAGUUGCUGGUUCAUCCAAGUAUUAACACUAUCGGGUGUUUAUAGAACUAUAAUAUUAUUGGUUGUUCAUAUUUCCAAAUAUAUAUACUUCCGGUUGUUGAUACUUCCGGUUGUUGAUAUUACCGACUGUUUAAGCACAGCGAUGUGAGAUGGACCGUGACCUGUUGUAUUGAUUUUUUUGGGGUUUUUUGUUUUUUUUUUUGUUUUGUUAUGUUAUCUUAUAUUUAGCUGGUUAAUGAGGGCGUAAAUAAAUAAGGGUAUAUUCUAAAUAGCCAUUACUAAGAUUUAAUUCACAAACGAUAACAAUUUACAGGUUUUAUGUCAAAGCCUGGAAAGUCCAGGCGUGUUUUCUGAUAUUAUUUCUAUGAUAAAUGUGCUGUAGUAUUUAGUUAUCAAGAAAAUAUCAAUGAAUUUUUGAUAUGAAGAGCACUUGUCUUUUAUUAAAUGCAAAUAUAAGCAAUGACAAAAAAAAAUUAAUAUCUUAUUUUAUACAUCGAAAUUCCAUUUUGAAUUAUCGAUUUACCUUAUUCAGUAUGUCAUUUACACAAUACUACGGUAGUAAGGAAUUUCGCUAACAAAAGCCUGUUGCAAAUUAAGAAUUUUAUAAUUAGGUCUUUAAUAAAUAAACGUUCUGCAGUAGUUAUACCAUAAACAAAGUAAAUUUUAGUUCUAUUUUGGUGAUGUAUGCCUGUGUAUAACUUGCUUACCACACAACUGUAUUUUAUAGACAGCACUGACAUAGAAUAUUACGUAAUGUUGCUUUGGUUACAGUAGAAAACACGAUGGCUAGUGUUGAAUGGUGAUUGUAUACAAUAGUUUGGGUUUCCGUGGCGGAAUCGGAAAAUGUAGAUACAUCCAUGAGACGCUGCUCACUGAAGACGUCCAAUCAGAGAGUUAUGGUCCUACGUCAUACCUGUUAUGAACACUGCAGGGUCGUGACAUUUUCCCGGGCGUCAACUGUCAGACUUGUUUGGUGGCAGAUGUAUUAUAAAAUACGUGUGCUUGCCAUCGUUAUUAGAUAAGCUACUAGAUUGCAUUUUAUUGUUAACAUGAUACUUUCGCCUUAAAACCUGGGUUCCUCUAUUUUGAUAUUUUUCCUCGUUACUCGCAUGUUUCCAUCUCAUUAUUUCUGUUUAAAAAUCUGUUUUCUUAAAUGUCUCGCACUUAAAACCUGCUGCGUGCCUUUUAUGAAGGCUGACAUCGUUUAGUGAAAGUAAUAAAAAAAAAAAAAAAAAAUUAAUUAUAAAAGACUUUAUUUCAGGCCGAUAACACUUUGAGUCAGAGAAAGAGAUGACCUGAGAACUACUAUCGAAGUCUGUGUACAAAAUCCAUCCAAAUUCACCUGGUAAAUAAAAUAUGCAGUGUUUUCAUCCAGUAUGCAGUUACCUGAUUACACGGCGACAACUUAGAUAGAAAGUGCUAUUAAAUGGUAGCAUGAAGCUGGAAAAAUCAAGUAAAAGAAACUUCAUUUCAAACAACAUAUAUCGAGGAAACAGAAUUUAUCUAUGGCAAAAAUGAUACACUUAAUAUUAUAAGUCAAAGCAUUGUUAAAUUAUUUUAAAGUUUUAUAAGUUCAGUCACUCUUUACUUUGUUGCAAAAACUGUAUUUCUGAUAUUUGUUUAAUUCGAGAUAUAAAAUUAGUGUGUGUUAUACAAGUAGUUCAUUUUAGUGUAGUGUGGGUUCUUAAGAGAGAGAAUGACUGAUUUGCCUGUAGUAUUGUGUUUUUAUUCAAAAAUGUGUGGAUUAAAUGUAUAUCUAGAUAAUAUUUAGUAAGUACGAGCAUACAUCCUAAGAAAUAUACAUUGCCCAGCAUUGCUUUGCUUAAGGUUGGCUUCCAUUUUAUUGUCAAUAUAAAUAUGUAGAAUUUAUUAAUUACUACAAAUAUAAAAUAUAAGCACAACAAUGCAUAUGUGUCAAUGUUUAAUAUAUAUAUAUCUACAUUUAACUCCAGUAUAUACAACAACCUUGGAAAAUAGUGUGAUGUUGACACUUAUCUCAUCUUGCAUAACUUGAGGCCAAUGCAAUAGAAGAAUUUUUCGAAGGCUUUAGGCUGUUAACUGCAUAUCAUUUGCAUUGAUGAAUACAACAUAAAACUUGCAAAUUGUAAGGAAAACUUGUUAGAAUAUUUGUUCCGGUGUUCUAGCAGCAAAGUCGAUCACAUAUAUAUGACAGGUAAAUCUAGAAAGAACAUCGAAGAAUGUGUCCAUGUAAAUAUUAUCUCUAGCCACAAGGAACGUCUGACAAUAAUCAGAUUAUACUAGUUUCACGGAAGUGGAAAAUAAUGUCUGCUCUCUUGUGUAAACAGUCGAGAAAAAGAGCUGGAGAAUAAUUUCUGGUUUCCCGGUAAACACUCUCGUAAACGAAGUAUUAUUUUGUUGUGUUAACAAUACAAAAAAAUGUCUGUCCUCUUGGUGCAACCAUCCGAAGAAGGAAUGGCGCAUUCUUGGCGUAGAAAAGGUAAAGAAUAAUUUCUGGUUUCUCGGUGAUAACUGUCGUAAACGAAGUAUUAGUUUGUUGUGUUAACAAUACAAAAAGUCUACUUCUCGGUGGAAAACAGCCGAGGAAAGUGUGUUGCAUUCUAGGUGUAAACAUUCGAACAAUAGGCUUCAUUUUCUCGAUGUAAACAACAAAACCACAUCUUGUACAUAACAAUUGUUUGUAAAUCAACCUAUGGACCGAGUUAUAUAAUAAAGGGUUUUAUAUCA